AUGUCUGCUCAGGAUCGCGUCCAAAACUACAUCGGCCAGCUCGACCGUGAGCUGUCCAAGUACCCCGCCCUUAACAACAUCGAGAAGUCGACCAACGUCCCCAAGGCUUACGCCGCCAUCGGAGUCGCUUCCCUCUACUUCUUCCUCAUCAUCUUCAACCUUGGCGGCCAGCUUCUCACCAACUUUGCCGGCUUCAUCCUCCCCGGAUACUACUCCCUGAACGCUCUGUUCACUGCCAACAAGCAGGACGACACCCAGUGGUUGACCUACUGGGUUGUCUUUGCCUUCUUCACCGUUGCGGAGAGCCUCGUCAACGUCAUCUACUGGUUCCCCUUUUACUUCACUUUCAAGUUCGUUUUCCUGCUGUGGCUCGCUCUGCCCACCUUCCGAAGUGGUGCUGAGAUCAUCUUCAACUCCUUCCUUACCCCCAUGCUGGCCAAGCACUUCAACAGUGCCUCGACUGCCUCUGGCCUCCGGGCCCAGGCUGGCAAGGCCGAGUAA